ACAUGUUCUUGAGGAGUUAAAGGGAGUGAGUACUUCAAUACUGAGUGCGCUAGAUGUUACACCACAAAGUACUGCAACACGUAUCGCUGAUGAUGCACCUGAGCAGGUAGUACCUCGUCGUAGUGGGAAGGUUGUCCGGAAACCCGAACGGUUCAUGGGUCUGGGAGAGUCUUCUGAGGCUGUCCCGGACGUUCUUGAAACUAAACCAUGGACAUACAAUGAGGCACUCCAAGAUCGGGACGCAGAGUCUUGGCAUAAGGCGAUGAAGUCUGAAUUAGAGUCAAUGGACACUAAUCAGGUCUGGGAUCUUGUAGAGCCACCCAUAAUCAGUCAGAAAAUCAUCAUGUAUUCAAUAAUCUUGAACUUUUUCAAUGUUCAGAUGCCGCCACGUAGGGAACCCGAUCAUCCGGCUCCUACUCAGGCUACAGUGGUCGCCCAGUUCCGCGACUACCAUGCCGAAAAGUUCUCAGGGCAGGGAGAUCCUCGCGUAGUUGACGAGUGGAUUCAGGGCCUGGAGUUUAUCUUCGAGGUCAUGGAGUGCCCUGAGAGAUAUCGCGUCAUUUGCGCUCAGCUUCAGCUCACCGGGGAUGCCAGGCUCUGGUGGAACGCUUACUGGGGCAUGCGUCCCGGUGAGAAGGCGGGAUGUACGUGGGAGAUGUUCAAGGAUUUAAUCCGCGAGAAGUACUACCCCACAUACUACCGAGCAGAGAUGGAGCGUCAGUUUCUAUCACUCCAGCAGGUUACUCGCACUGUCGACGAGUACGAGAGGGAGUUCACGAGACUUGCAGCGUUUGUUCCUGAUUUGGUCCGCACGGAGGCCCAGCGAGCGCAGCGUUUCAUUGACGGACUUUGCCCAGCAGUCCGUCAUAACAUCGUAGGCCACGGGACGCAGACAUAUGCGCGUGCAGUCUCCAUUGCUCAGGAGGUGGAUGCUAGUAUCAGGAGGGAGACCGUUCGUGCCCAGUCGUCUUCAGUUCCACCGGUGCCAGCUUUACCAUCUACCCAGCCGCCCAAGAACAACAAGAGGAAGGAUAAGGGUGCCCAUACAUAUAAGAGGGCUCGACGGAGGCUACAGCAGGUUCCACAGUGCCCGACAUGUGGACGACAUCACCGAGGCGAGUGUCGUUUUGGUCAGGAC